GGUCUUGCGUAGUGUGAUAGAAAAUUUUCCCCCGACAACACCGUGGAAAAACUUUCGCCAGUUGUCUCGAUUUUCCCUUCUCGUUCGCGCACACAGUUGAGUGUUAGUUCAGUGUUCAGUUCAUCGGAAUUUUCAGUUUUCCAUUUCAGUCAGAGAUCAGAGCCCCAACGGUAGAGGCAGCCAUCAGAACAAGCAGAAAAAAGAAAUCAGUGUUUCACCAUUCCAGAGACUCGCACUUUUUUCAUGAUGCGUUGUCAUUGUGAGAGAAUCCAUCAGAAAAAGUGAAACACUCCUCCGCCUAGAAGUCAAGUGCGACGCCAGAGAAACGCGACUCUGUACCGAGUGAUGAUUUUGAACGGAUUGAUGAAAUAAUUGUGGUGGCCGAGAGCUGGAAAUUUUUUUCUUUCCUACGUUGAUUUCUGUUCCCCCCAAAGAAGAGUGUUCCGUGUCGCUGUGUGAAUCCAUAAAAAGUGUGCAAAAAUAACAAGAGCGGUGGGGUGUAGGAGGAAAGUGGCCGCAGGAGAGGACGACGGGAACUAGCUAGGUCUGGACACCGUAAAGCGCGCAUCCAGGGGGAAAAGAUGGCAGCACUGAACGAUUUGGACGUCCUGCGGGCGGAAAUCGAGCGCCUGAACCGGGAACUGGACCAGGCCAGCAGCGAAAACAUCCAGUCGGCCAAAUACGGCCUCGGUCUGCUGGAGGAGAAACAAUCCCUGCAGUCCAAGUGCGAGGAACUGGAAGCCCUGUACGAGAAUGCACGCCACGAGCUGGAAAUCACACAAGAGGCACUGCAAAAAUUUCAAAAGACACAGCAAGUUACCACCAAAAGUGGCAUCGAGCAGGAGGAUGCCCUGCUCAACGAAUCCGCCGCAAUGGAAACGUCCCUCAACCUGCAGAUCCUGGAGCUGGAGAACGAAACCAAACAGCUGCGGCACGAACUGGAACGGGUCACGAACGAGCGCGACCGGAUGCUGCAGGAAAAUUCGGAAAUCGGCCGAGACAAAUCCGGCGCGGAAGCGGAACGAGCCCGGCUAAAGGCCGAGCUUAAGGACAUGAAAUACAGGGAAACACGAAUGCUCAGUGACUACAGUGAACUGGAGGAGGAGAAUAUUUCCCUACAGAAGCAGGUGUCCAGCUUGCGGAGUUCACAGGUCGAAUUUGAAGGUGCCAAACAUGAAAUCAGAAGACUCGCAGAGGAAAUAGAGUUGCUCAACUCGCAAGUGGAGGAGUUGGCCAGUCUGAAAAAGAUCGCCGAGAAACAAAUGGAAGAUGCAUUGACUGCGCUGCAAAUCGAGCGUGAACAAAAAUAUGCACUGAAGAAGGAACUUGAUACACAUAUCAAUCGGGAAUCGUUGUACAACCUUAGCAAUAUGGCAAUCACGGCAAUACGGAAGGGCAUAGACGAAAGCACGCUGAAUAGCAGCGAUUGUGAAGAUGAACAGCCUGCCUUGAAAGACUCGACACUCAAACGGUUGGAAACUCUGGAGGCAGAGACGGCCGACCUCAAGUCCCCGGACGGCACCAAGGUCGAUCUGUUCUCCGAGAUUCAUCUGAACGAACUGAAGAAACUGGAAAAGCAAUUGGAGUCGAUCGACAACGAGAAGCUCAGCUUGACGGCCAACCUGCGAGAGGCUCAACAGAAUCUGGACAAGAGCCAGAACGAGAUGCAGAACUUCAUGGCCAAGAUUAUGCUGCUGGCUGCUCACGUGGAUGCACUUGCAAAUCUCAAGAAGCAGAUCGCGUCGGAAGACAAAUUCGCAAAUGUGUCGAACAACAAGGACAAGGUAAUGAACGACAAGCUGAACGAAGCUAUCCUGCAAUACUCAAAUUGGUUUACGCUCAGCUCGAAGGAAAUCGACACUUUGAAGGCCGAUCUAGUCGAACUGCAAAAGGGUCUGAACUGUUCAGAUGCCAUGGCUGUGCUACGUAAUGAAAUUACCAACCUAAAGAAUAAGUUACUAUCCUCAGAGCAGAAAUCCCUGGAUCUGCACAGUGACGUUCACGUGCUGACGACUCUGUCACAAACCGCUGGCCAAAGUCUCAAUUCCACCCGCAGCAAUUUGGUAUCUCUCAGCGACGAUCUCGCACAGCUUUAUCAUCUGGUGUGUACGGUUAACGGCGAGACACCGAAUCGUGUCCUGCUAGAUCACAAGAAUGACGAUCUAAGCUUCGACAACGAUUCCCUGUCCGCCAUCCAGUCGCAGCUCAAGUCCGACAUCCUCACCUCGAAGCCGCACGUUUUCGAGGAUCUGCAGGCGCUCAGCGAUGCUGUGGAGAUCAAGAAGUACGUCGAUACGAUCAGCGAUCAAAUCAAGUACCUUAAGAGCGCGGUUGAACACACGAUCGAGCUGAACAAGGACAAGGUGUCGGACGUGGCAGCAGGCGACAAGGAUGCCAAGGAGGAGAUCGCCGAUCUGCAUGAACAGAUCAUCAAGCUCAAGAGUUUGCUCUCGACGAAGCGAGAACAGAUCGCCACCCUGCGAACGGUACUCAAAUCGAACAAGAACACGGCCGAGGUUGCGUUGACGAACCUCAAGUCCAAGUACGAGAACGAGAAGCUGGUGGUGAGCGACACCAUGUCCAAGCUGCGAAACGAACUGAGGAUCCUCAAGGAGGAUGCCGCCACCUUCUCGAGUCUUCGGGCAAUGUUUGCUGCCCGUUGCGAGGAGUACGUUACGCAGGUCGAUGAGCUGACACACCAGUUGUCGGCAGCCGAAGAAGAGAAGAAGACUCUGAACCAACUGUUGCGGUUGGCCGUCCAGCAGAAGCUGGGUCUUACCCAAAAACUGGAAGACCUGGAAAUGGACCGUGAAAUGCGCCACGUCCGGCGACCAGCGAUGCCAGCUCGAGGCGGUGGCAAGUCCGCUUUCUCUCGUGGAGUUCCCGCCCGCAGUAGCAACCAGAACCCGAACAACAGCAGCAACAAUCCGAACCAGGCAUUCUUCUAACAUAAGGUUAGCGUACAGCGUAAGAUCUUAGCCUUUCUUUACACUCUGUUGAAGAUGUAAAGAGCCCGAAGCCGAUGAACGUCGUCCAACAUUUUUGAGUUUCAUCACUAAGGGACGUUCCUUCGUUGGGUUCCCUUUUCCUCUUGUGUGGAAAUUGGGAAUAAGCGAAUCCUUCCAUCCAAUCAAAAUAGGUUUUCCCCCUAGUUUACCUACAAUCGUAAGCCGUAAAUUGUUUACCAGUGCAUCUGCAUCCACAUCACUGUCCGUUAGGAAGUAGUGGAUGGGCUCUGCGUCUCACCUGCUCUUUUUGUACUAUACACCGGAGGUUGAAUGAACUAAAUUGUAAGCCAGUACUAAAUGUGCGACGAAUGUGUGAAGAAGCAUAUAUUUUUAAUAAUAUUAUAAGACAACAGACGCGCGUUCCGAGGAACGGAUCGGGAUAUAACCCGGUUGAGAAAUAUGCAUACAUACGAAGUAAGACGAAUGUGUGAAAGUAUAUCGUUAAUUUAUUUUGAUAAGAUUAUAAUAUAUUACUACACAACAACAGUGGCUAACAAAACCAAUAUUCAAACAGUUUAUUAUUGCUAUAUGUUUAGGGAUCAAAAAGGGGAAGAUUGAAUACUGUCUUGUCUACACAUGCUGUACGCGAAACAUAGAACAAAAAAUGGAAUUUUUAAAUUUUCUUGUGGGCUACCUCGUUGAAAUUUGCGAGGUAGAUUUAGUCAUCGAGGAGGUAUAUUUACUUACAAGAAAAUGAGUAACAAAUUAUUAUUGUCAAACAAUAACGUUAUCGAUGAGAUUGAAAAGUUGUAGAUAUUUAUUUUGGUUCUCAUUUUGCGAUUGACAGUGCAAUAACUUUUUUUUUAAUUAUGUUUUUGGUUCGUUUCAUUUCAUUACGUUUGAUGGUAAAAUUAUCGAUUGAUUAGACUUCAACACUAUAUGCAGAAAAGAGUGAUAACUUUCUCAGAUCCUAUUUUCAAAUUGGACCAAAUCUAUUUUAGGGAACUAUUUAGAACAAAAGCAUGGUAUCGCUUACUAUAACUAACAUAAAUCGUAUUUGCUCCGUUUGUUAUUUUUGAAAAAUAUUCAUAUCUUAAUUGUGAUUUUACAAAAAGAAGGAACACCGCGUUGCUCACAGUUUUUGUCUAGAAUUAGUUUUUAUCGCGGUGUUCCGGAGCAAUCCGUUUUGUAUCUCCCAAGCGAUUGUACAUUUGAUAGCUUUUUAACGCAUCCUGGCAGUUGCUAAAGGUAGCUCAUAUGUGUAAAACUUAAUCAAUCUAGCAUUAGAGCCUAGGUUCGAACUUUAGUGCUGUAGAGUCUAAUCCAAUAGCUUAUUGAAGGAAGUGUCAGUAAAACAGCAGCAAGAAUUCAACAUGGACUCUUCCUUGGAAUCAAAAUGCGUGCUUUUUAGGAAAAUGAUUUGCAAGCUUGUUCUUAGAAGACAUUAGAGAAAGGUGCCAUCAACUCUCUAAUCGCAUAAUUUUACCAACUUGUUUUGGUUCGAAUCACAGGACGAAACAUUUUCUAGAGUAUGACCUUAUCGUUGCAUAUUUUAUUGUAUUCUAUGAACAGGUCAUCCGUCUUGAAGUAUAUUUGACGUGGAUGUUCAAUCCUACGAAAUCGGAGCUGCAACAGAUUAAAACAAUAUUUUAGGUCAUGCAAACAUUGACACAAAUCGAAUGAUUAGGUCUUUCUAGAAUUUGGUCCUGUACUACCUUUUAUUAUUUCCGGUUUUAAUCAAACUGCCGAAACAAAUCUUGAAACUAGGAUCGUACCAAAUGAAAAAUAUCACAAAAACUUACACUGUGACAAAGCGAUAAGCAAACAUCACGAUUCUGUCCUCACGUUUUAGAAAAAAAGAACAAGUUUUUCUAUCAAAUGAAGAGCGUCCAAAACUAAUUGUCAAAAGUUUAAUAAAUUCCAAUUAGAAGAGUUAGAAUAACAAAGCAAAACAAAAAACGAACAAAUUUAUUUGUGAACACAAUAAGAGAAGCAAAGGAAGAACGAAGAAAAUCACCGAGCCAUUUAUUUAUUUAAACAAUUAAGAGAAAUCUGAAUUUAAAUCUAACUGUGUGCGUUGAAAAACCAAGUGAACAAUCUCACGGUCCCAUGAGAAGAAAAAAAAUGUCCACCUUGACUGAGUCGAUUCGCAUGGGAUACUAAGCGUAAGAUGCCACACUAAUAAUGAAUAAAUUAAUCACCGUCCCUUUUUACGAGAUCGAAGUAAAAGUAAAAGCAAACAAUUCGUGUGUACGUGUAUGUAAGCAGUUAGUAGGAAAAUCAAUAAUCUCAUUUAACUGAUUGUUUGAUAAAGGUAACUGUUGAUCGUUAAACAUAUUAAGAUAUCGUGUGAAUCAUCCACCAAAGUUUUCAGUUUGUUAAUUGUUUAGCUUUUUUAGAAGAUGCACUCUCUGGCAAAAUACCGCGUUGGCUAGAUGCAUAGUGCUUCAGUUUCGUUUUUGCUUGAUGAUCCGUUUUUAUUACCAUCAACCAAUGGCUUUUUCAAAUGGCUUGUUAUUGAGUAUCGGUGAAAAAAAUCAUGUUCAAACGAAUUGUAAUGAAGAAUCGAGAAAAGCAAUGUUUUCUUUCCAAGGAACACGUCGUUGCUUACAGGCAGACAUAGUUGAUAUGAUCCGAACAACAAAGAAGUAAACUUAUUCCAUCUUACACAAAUGAAACGAAAAAAGUAAAAGUUACUGUCCAAAAUAGAAAGAUUAACCACAUACUAGAGAUUUUAGUAGCCAUAGCCAAACAGAUAUGUAGUUAAUAAGUUCAGUCCAGAAGAGUAUCUGUAGCGAGGCCAUUGAUCACUGAUUCAUUUGUCGCGCCAGAAUAGAACAUACCCUAGCACUUUGGGAACUAAUCUAAACAGCAGAGUUUACUGAAAUUCGUUCUGUAGAUAGUAAUUAAACCAUACCGCAAACGUAUCCAUACAGUGAUUGCAGCUCGAUAACUAAAACAACUAGGCAUUGAUAUUUGAUUUUUGAAUCAAUUUGUUGAUAACUACUUCAUUAGUACCAGUUCGAUCGUUGUCAGAUUAAAGAGUAGAAAUACCUAUUAGUAGACGUUUACAUGUUUUCCAUACGCAACCUAACAGUCCUGAUAGACCAGGUUCUAAAAUACAGAUACAUACAAAAUAGGUUUUAACCUCCCUAAAGAACAAAAUUGGAAAGAGAGCAUCAUGCAAAAGAUAUUCUAAACAAACUGAUCCUCAAGCACGAAUUGUUUUAAGUAUCUUUUUGAGUUUCUACUUUGAGUGCAGAGCAGUAAAAAUAGGAUUUCCGUCACAUCACAGAUUGUGUGUUUCGAUGAGCUUGAUAGCUAGAGCAAUAAUCGUUUGUAACCGAUUAAUUUAUAGAAAUGCAAACGAAAGUCAUUAUUAUGUGUUAGAUUCUCUCCCCUUGAAACCCAACAGAGCAAAGAUACGAGGUUUGAUAAUUAACAACGCACUAAGAAAGUCCCCAGCCAUUACUGUGUUUGCAGCUAGAGGCAGGAUAGUAAUUAUCAUUUGCUAACUUAUAUUAAUUUAUUGUAUCUCAUUGAAAAUGACCGUCAAAUAUAAGGAAACAGUCUAUAUUGCAAAAGUCUUACACUGAAA